AUGAUAAAAGAAACGAAAAAUAAUAUUAAAGAUGUUGAAAAGAAAAAUGUCGAUUGGAAUAGGAAACGUUUUAAAAUGAAAUGGUUAGCGACGAACGAUUGUAAAAAUCGUAACGAAAAAUUAAAAUUGCGAGAAGGAAGUGAGAAUGAUGUGGCGGGAAGCAGUCUCACAUGUACAACGGUUGAAAGCGGUCGUGCGAGUUUAACGUCACGAUCGACCGAUCGAUUCGCUCCUAAAAUAAACAACAACAACAACAAUAAUUCCGGCGAUGAAACAAAAAACGAUUUGAUAACGAAUAAGAAAAAGAAAAAAAAAAAAAACGAUGCGAACGGAGUCGUGGCGGUAGACGGGAAUGAGGAAAACGACGUCGUCGUCGAUUUUUUUCACAAUAAAAAUAAUCGAUCUCGAAACGAUUGUGAUUCGAUAAAUAAAUAUAAAAUGAACGACGGUGUGAAAACGUUGAUGACGACAACAUCGGAAAAGGAAAUCGUGUACGAAAAUAUAAAAACGGAUUCGCGUACGAAAAUGUUAACGAAUAAAAAAACAUCGUCGGAUUCGUGUAAAACGUUUAAUAAAAACCGUAACGAAAUCAAUAAGAAACAAAAUCACGAACAUUUAUUAAGCAGAAGAUUUUUAGAAUGUAAUUUAAAAUUUGGCGGUAAAUUUGGAAAUUUCGCGCAACCGGAAACGUCAACGUGGAAUUUCAAUAGCGUUUACGGCGGUGACAACGUUUACGACAAUUACAACGACGGAUUUUCUUAUUUGGAAUCGAAAUACGCGUAUACCGUGAGCGGGAUACCUGGAAAUUUGGCACAAUCAUCCGCGGCAGCUGCUUUCUUCGCAAGGUAA